AUGCUGGCCUUGAACAAGUCAUUCCUCCGUGCUCUCAUCAUCCAGCACACAAAGUUAUGUAGAAACCACCUGACCCCAGAGCUAAAGCUUCAUCUGAUCACUCAAGAAUGCCAUCUCUGGAAGGCUGGUGUGGACAACUGCCCCUUUGAGGAUCCAUUCUGGGCAUUUUAUUGGCCUGGUGGACAAGCACUUACAAGGUAUAUCCUCGACAACCCAGUGUUGUUCAAAAAUAGAAGAGUUCUUGAUAUUGGCAGUGGCUGUGGUUCUGCAGCAAUAGCUUCUUGUCUAGUGGGGGCAUCCCAAGUUGUGGCAAACGACAUAGACCCAGCUGCCUCCGUUGCCAUUGAAAUUAACAUGGAGAAAAAUGGAGCAGAUGUUCAGAUCAGCACUGAGAACUUUCUAGAAAACCCACCCAGUGAACAAUAUGACACUGUCCUCUUUGGUGACAUGUUUUAUGAUCCAGACUUCAGUCAUCUGAUCUCACAUUGGGUGAAGAAAUUACCACAUAAAACAACCGUGUUCAUUGGUGAUCCUGGCCGCCUCCCAUUUUUAAACCAUCCACUAAAAUCAGCACUGCAAAAAGCGGCCAGAUAUGAGCUACCCAUAACUUGCCAGUUAGAAAAUAAUGGACUGACACAAGCAGACGUAUGGAAGUACAUUGUUAGUAAAUGA